UUAUUCUCUUCCUCGCUUGUCCUUGUCGUGCCCUUCUUAUUGCGAGGGAAGGCGCGUCUGCGACCGGUGACCGAUGAGGAGGAGAUGGGGACCAGGACAGGCUGAUACGGUGCUGGAUUUGGAUUCCUCCUGCCCCUCCCAUGUCUUCCUUGUGGUGAAAAUUGAAACCCAGGGGACGACCGCAUUGCACUUGGAGCGCGAGGUCCGGCCUCCACGCGUCGAGAUUGUUGAAGGGAAUCCAAUCCCGAGGCGCUUUUAAGGGUAAAGGCAGGACCUUGAUCGGUUCUGUUGAGGCUUUUUGAGGAUUUGAGCCGGUGGUCGUCUUUUUCUCCGGCAGUCAUGGCGCCGUCGUUCGGUUGGUGGGCGAAGGAGACCCACCGCGGGACGCCGGUGAUCGUCAAAAUGGAGAACCCCUACUGGUCCAUCUCGGAGAUGUCCCCAGACGACGGCGACGACUACGGCGUCGACGUCGGCGGCGGCGGCAAAGGGGAGGAGUUCGCUGGCGCUCGGCCGCGGAAGGGCGGUCGGGGGAAGAACGCGAAGCAGAUCACCUGGGUGCUCCUUCUCAAGGCCCAUCGCGCUGCCGGCUGCCUCACCUCCCUCGCCUCCGCCUUCUUCGGCCUGGCGUCCGUCGUCCGCCGCCGCGUCGCCUCCGGUCGGACGGACUCCGACGCCGUCUCCUCCCCGCCGGAGGAGAGCCCGGUGCUGCGGACGCGCUUCUACUCUUUUAUCAAGCUCUUCCUCUGGCUCUCGGUGGCGCUCUUGGGGGUCGAGGUCGUCGCCUACUUCAAGGGCUGGCACCUGGGGGCUCCCCAGCUCCGGGGCUUCGUCUUUCCCACCUCAUUUGUCGUUCGAGAUCUCUUCGACUUGGUCUACUCCGGCUGGAUCCACUUCCGGGCAGACUACGUCGCUCCGCUGCUCCAGUUCCUCGCCGACGCCUGCGUCGUUCUCUUCCUUAUCCAGAGCGCCGACCGCCUCAUCCUCUGCCUCGGCUGCUUCUGGAUCCGCUUCAAGAGGAUCAAACCCAUGCCGAAGACCACUAAACCCGGAGCCGGAGGCUCCGAAGACCUCGAAUCCGGUGGUGAGGACUUCCCCAUGGUCCUAGUCCAGAUACCCAUGUGCAAUGAGAGAGAGGUUUAUCAGCAAUCCAUUACUGCUGUGUGCAAUCUGGAUUGGCCGAGGUCCAAUUUGCUGGUUCAGGUGCUCGAUGAUUCCGACGAUCCCACAACACAGGUACUAAUCAAGGAGGAGGUGGAGAAGUGGCAGCAGAAUGGAGUUCGGAUCGUGUACCGACACCGGGUGAUCCGAGAUGGAUACAAGGCUGGGAACCUCAAGUCUGCAAUGAAUUGCAGCUAUGUUAAGGACUAUGAGUUUGUUGCUAUCUUUGAUGCUGACUUCCAGCCGCAGCCGGACUUUUUGAAGCGAACUGUUCCCCAUUUUAAGGACAAUGAGGAGGUGGGGUUGGUGCAAGCUAGAUGGUCUUUUGUGAACAAAGAUGAGAACUUGCUGACUCGGCUGCAGAAUGUUAACCUGUGCUUCCACUUUGAGGUGGAGCAGCAGGUGAAUGGGGUGUUCAUCAACUUCUUUGGCUUCAAUGGGACUGCCGGAGUUUGGAGGAUUAAGGCUCUGGAAGAUGCUGGGGGAUGGUUGGAGAGGACUACAGUGGAGGACAUGGACAUUGCGGUCCGGGCCCAUCUCCAGGGAUGGAAGUUCAUCUUCCUCAAUGAUGUGGAGUGCCAAUGUGAAUUGCCUGAGUCAUUUGAGGCUUACAGGAAGCAACAGCACCGAUGGCAUUCCGGUCCCAUGCAGUUGUUUAGGCUCUGCUUGCCAGAUAUUAUCCGAUCCAAGAUUGGGUUCUGGAAGAAGGCCAACUUGAUAUUUCUGUUUUUUCUUCUCCGGAAGCUCAUAUUACCAUUCUACUCCUUUACUUUAUUCUGCAUCAUCCUCCCGAUGACCAUGUUUGUCCCCGAAGCUGAGAUCCCUGCAUGGGUGGUCUGCUAUAUCCCCGCCACUAUGUCCUUCCUCAACAUCCUGCCUGCUCCUAGAUCCUUCCCAUUUAUUGUCCCCUACCUGCUCUUUGAAAAUACCAUGUCUGUGACCAAGUUCAAUGCGAUGAUCUCUGGCCUAUUCCAACUUGGGAGUGCUUAUGAAUGGGUUGUCACUAAGAAAUCAGGCCGUUCUUCUGAGGGUGAUCUUCUUCAGUUAAUAGAAAAAGAACCUAAGCAACAACGAAGUGGCUCUGCUCCAAACCUUGAUGCCAUUGCAAAGGAGGAAGCUAAGCCCAAAAAGGGUAGGAAAAAACAUAACAGGAUCUACCGGAAAGAGCUGGCACUUGCCUUCCUUCUGUUAACCGCUUCUGCUCGGAGUUUGCUCUCUGCCCAGGGUAUACAUUUUUACUUCCUCCUCUUCCAGGGGAUCUCAUUCCUGUUGGUGGGUCUCGAUCUGAUUGGCGAGCAGAUUGAGUGAAAAGGUAAAAGCAGUUGCAUGGAGGCUCUUGUCAUGUGGACUGCACAAAGUAUUGAAGAACAUCUUAAGUAUGAGAGGCACGCUCAGCUUGUUGGCCUCUCCCCGAAAUCAUUUACAUCCCCUGCUUGGGGAGAACUUGAGUUUCCUCUCAUUAGAGGUGUAGAUAUUUCUACUCUCAGCCUCUUAGUUGCUUCAUUCUUUCAGAAAUUCUUUUGUAAGGAAGUUUUGAUGUUCGGAUGGCAUUUUGCUUGCAGUUCAACAUAGUUUUACCUUUUUAUAUCAGAAACUCCCACCAACAUCCAUCCAUUUACCGAGUAGCAUUUUAUCAGAUCUUAAAAGAGCAAAGUUUCAUGUUGAUGUAAACUGUUUCUAAGUUCCCAAGGUCUCAAUGACGAGGAAAUGGAAUAUUAUUAAUAGGAGUGGAAAAAAAUUCAGCCACUUUGUUUGGCUUGUUUAUUUA